GUCAAGUGUCCAGCAUAUUAGAUGAGUCUUGUAAACAACACUAGUUAAAACAAUCCAUACCGAUAGGUUAAAGAAUUGAAUACACGAUGAACAGACAAGAAGUUUGUGUAGAGAUCGUAAAGUGCAUGGAGAAUGUGUGGAGUGAGAACAUUUUAUAUGACUUCAUUGUCAAGGUUCAGGAUGAAACCAUCCAAUGUCAUCGCUUCCUCCUAGCUGCGUGUUCCGAAUUCUUCAAGGCGCUGUUUAGAUCUGGCAUGAAAGAAGUCACAGAAAACUGUGUGGUGUUGAAAGAUGUUUCAUGUGAAGUUUUUCGCUUGAUUUUAAAUUCUAUAUACACUGGAGCAAGUCUGUUAACGUUAGAGAAUUUUAUUGAAGUUUGGCAUGCAGUACAUAUGCUUCAGAUCAACUUUCUCGUGAAUGUUUGUGAGGAGUUUGCUAUUGGAGCAAUUACCAUGGACACAUGGGUAAAUAUUUACGAAACUGCCAAACUUUUGGGUUCAGAAAAAACACUCGAGCAUCUCAAAAAAUUUAUGUUAAUUAAUUUUGAAAAAAUUAACAUUUCACCAACGUUUCUUCAAAUGUCUUUCAACGAAGUUCAGGAUUUGAUUAAAAGCCAAGACCUCGUUGUCUGCAAAGAAGACGUGGUUCUUGAUUCAGUGAUAAGGUGGGUUGAGUAUGUUCCUGGGAAAAAAGUACAUCAGUAUGUAAUCGAUAAUUUUAAGUUAACAAACGCUAAUAAUGUUUUGAAAGCUGAAAGUAUAGCUGAUAACGAAAAGAAAGAAAGAGCUAAUGAUGACAAUAUGAAUGAAGUAAUCGAUACUUCCGAAACUACCAGAAAUGAAAUUGACCUUGACCAAUCGAUUAAUUGUUUAACAAUUGUGGAUUCCCCUAGAAAAGAAAAGUUCACCGAAUUGUUAAUGCAAGUCAAGACGUGUCUUGUAAGCCCUGCUGUUUUAUCUCGAGUCCUAAAGACGAAACUGUUGUCGGAAAAUGAAGAUUCAAGAGAAAUAAUUGUCGACGCUAUGUCCCAUCAUACCAGUAGCUUUAGACAUGGCCAGUGGCCAUCGGCCGCCAUACACAGAUCGUGUAGUGGGUUCACAAAUGCUGAAAUCCAUGCCUAUGGUGGUGGGUAUUUUGCAGUAAUAACAGCAUGCAAUGAAGAACUGUUCUUUAUUACAAGAUGUAAAGAUUUAGAAGAGAACAUUCAGCUGGUCACUUUUGACGGUGAACUUUAUGCUACAGGAAAACAACACAACCAACCAAACGGACCUUGUCGAAUGUUUGUGUUCUGUGACAACACCUGGCAGGAAAUGAUGGAAAUGCCAGGUGACAAUUUGUUAUUAGUGUCACAUGGAGACUUUAUCUACAUCUUAAACAAACACGAUGGACUAAUUUACAAAAUAAAUCCGAAAAAGAGAAACCCUAAUUUAGAACAAUUAACCGUUUUUCCGGAGAAUGUCGAUCUUCAACAUGCUAUGAUUAUUCAGGAUUUUCUUUUAUUAUUUUGCUGUGAGAGUUACAAUAAUCUUGAGGAGACGGCUGUGCAUGCAUUUGACCUUUCGUCCAAAAUUUGGUCCAGAUUAGACAAUCUAGACGGACCAGCAGAAGACUUGAUAAGCUUUAGGAACGACAAGUACACCUACAUUUUACAGACCAAUGGUUGUGUGUGGCUGGUUUUACAAUCUCCAUUCGAUACAAACAUUGCAUUUGUUUUUCUGACCAAGCUUUGGAAUUGUGAAAAGUUCCUCUACGGUGCGAUCACUUUCAAAGAUAAACUUAUCAUUUUGGGUCAACGUCCGGAGAACGAUCCAGUUGGAACGACCAACGCUACCGAAAUUCCCGACCAUUUUACAUCCGUUCGUCACUGGGGUAUCGACGAUAGUUCAAAUUUUGUUCCCAUCACUAUAGCGAAAAAUGUUUUGAUUCCGUUCAAUACAGUUUAGGUUACUUAUACUAUUGUAAACGUCGGGCUAUGUUCGACUUGCAUGUUUAUAUGUGAUUGUGUGAUAGCUGACUGCAUAUAUCAACAUUUAUUUAUGACACCAUAUUAUUAUAUUCAAUCAAAUUUCAAGACGCGCUAAUUUAAUGAUUGAAUUGAAAAUUAGUUAUACAUUUUGAUUUUUUAUAGGUUAUUAGAUAUCAACAGAAACUGCAUUCAACGCUUUGUCAGAUUAUUUAAUAGUACUUAAACACGCUGGUGUUUCUUCUCAGUAUUAAUGCGCUAACUUUCAAAGGUAAACUUA